AUGGCCUCUGACAGCAUAGAAGACCUUUUUGCAGAGCUAAAGAAGCUGGAGACCGCUGGCGUGACGCACAGCGCUCCAGCCGGUGAGUCCAGCACGCCGGGCGAAAAUGAAGGCUUUGACCAGGACAAGCUCGAGUUUGAGGACGAUUCCAAGAUUGCCCAGCAGCAGAAAACAUUCAGAGAGAUAGAGCAGCGGAUGCGCAAACUUCCGCGCAUGGAAACCGGCUUUGACAGCCUGACGCUGCCUGCAGGCAGUGCCGUGGAGGGAACUAAGGCGGUAACCAAGGUUGAGGACCCGGUUUCAAUCCUACACUCGCGGAAAAAGGACGCUGCCACCAAGAAGCCCUCCACUACUGAGCAGUGGUUUACGCUGCCAAAACCUGAGCUUACAAGGGAGCUGAAGCGCGACCUGCUGGUGCUGAAACACCGUGCCGCGCUGGAUCCCAAACGGCACUACAAGAAGGAGAAGUGGACUGUUCCAGAGCGCUUCUCCGUCGGCACUAUAGUUGAGGACAAGACCGAAUUUUACAGCAGCAGGCUGAACAACAAGCAGCGCAAGAGCACAAUGGUCGGCGAACUGAUGGACAGCGAAAACACCAACAAGUAUUUCAAGCGCAAGUACACCGAGGUCCAGGCCAAGAAGACCAGCGGUGCCAAGGGUCACUACAGGAAGGUGCGCGAGAAGCGCAACAAGAUGUGA